CGCCUCCUCUGAGGGGCCGGGCCCGUCCCCGCGGUCCGGGGAGCCGGGUCGGGAGGUUGGCGUCCACGCUGCUGCCCUCCCCCGAAGCCUCCAGAGAACCUCUGUGCACUUUUCCCCAGUCUCUGACGCCGGCCCUGGCGUCCUCCGGCCUGCGCCGCGUCCCGGAAUCCCAAUAACCCUGUAUAAAGAGGAAUGGAGAUUGCCACUGUCCACCCAGAUUCACAGGCUACCCUGAAAUGGUGUUGGCAUCAGUGAAAGGACACAUUUUCACUUUACAGAAUGGCAGCUAUUGAUGCAUCCUGUGGUCUUCUGUCCAGGGACACAGUCUCUCUUGAGGAAGAAAAGACAGUGGCAGAAAGGAUGGGGGCUGGCUGCCUGACAGAUUUCUAUCAGGAGUUGGUGAGCUUUGAUGAUGUGGCUGUAGACUUCACUCAGGAAGAAUGGACUUUACUGGACCCGACUCAGAGAAACCUGUACAGUGAUGUGAUGCUAGAGAACUACAAGAACCUGGCCACAGUAGGAUGUCAGCUCAUCAAACCUGAUUUGAUCUCUUGGUUGGAACAAGAAGAGUUGAAGACAGUGCAAAGAGAUAUGCUCCAAGGAUGGGAAAUGCAACGUGAAGCCAACUGGUCAUCACUUGAGCAGGAUUUUUUGAGGCAGAACAUAUCCAAUGGGAUACAAAUAACAGGGAGCCACAAUGGAAGGGUACUGUAUGACUGGAAGCAACCUGGAGAUAUCUUCCAUGAACACUCACUUCUGAAGACUCACAUGAAAAUGCAAAGUACAGAGAACACUUAUGACUGUAAUCAGUAUGGAAAAGACUUCCAUAUUCUGCAAAAGAAAGCCUCUAGUGAUGAAAAACUUUCUGAUUUUAAUCAGAGCAGAGAAAUCUUCUGCAUGACACCAAAUACUACGUGCCAGAGAACUAGCAUACAGGAGAAGUCCUUUGAAUGCAGUGACUAUAGGAGAUCCUUUGUUAAUCAGUCAUACCUUCAGGCACAAAGGAGAAUUCACAAUGGAGAGAAACUCUAUGAAUGGAAGGACCAUGGAAGAGGUUUUAUAGAUUCCACAAGCCUUGCUGUGCUUAUAGAGACCAUCAAUGCAAAAAAGCCCUAUAGAUGUAUGGAAUGUGGGAAAGGCUAUAGAUAUCCUGCAUACCUUAAUAUUCAUAUGCGGAUCCACACUGGGGAGAAACCCUAUGAAUGUAAAGAAUGUGGGAAAGCCUUUAAUUACUCCAAUUCCUUUCAGAUACAUGGGAGAACUCAUACUGGAGAGAAACCUUGUGUGUGCAAGGAGUGUGGGAAAGCCUUCACCCAAUACUCAGGCCUUAGUAUAUAUGUACGAUCUCACAGUGGAGACAAACCCUAUGAGUGUAAGGAGUGUGGGAAAGCCUUCCUUACAUCCUCACGCCUUAUUCAACAUAUAAGAACUCACACUGGAGGGAAGCCUUUCGUAUGUGUCAAAUGUGGGAAAGCCUUUGCCAUUUCUUCGAAUCUUAGUGGACAUUUGAGAACUCACACUGAAGAGAAGGCAUGCGAGUGUAAGAUAUGUGGGAAAGUGUUUUGGUAUCCCUCGUGUCUUAAUAAUCAUAUGCGAAUACACAGUGCCCAAAAGUCCUACUCAUGUAAGGAAUGUGAGAAGGCUUUUAACUAUUCUACCCACCUUAAAAUUCACAUGCAAAUCCACACUGGAGAAAAACCCUAUGAAUGUAAACAGUGUGGGAAAGCCUUCAGUCAUUCUAGUUCAUUUCAGAUUCAUGAAAGAAUUCACACUGGAGAGAAACCCUAUGAAUGUAAGGAGUGUGGCAAAUCUUUCAUUUGUUCCAGCUCUUUCAGAAUUCACCAAAGAACUCAUACUGAAAAAAAACCCUAUAAAUGUCAACAAUGUGGAAAAGCUUACAGUCAUCCCCGUUCACUUCGAAGACAUGAAAGAACUCACUAGUGAGAAACUCUUUUGGUGUAUGCAAUGCAGGAAAGCCUUCAUGUAUCCCAAAUCAUUUUGAAAACAUGAAAUUAUAGAGAGAAAUUCUGUCAGAAUUAUUUAAGUAAAAUGAGUCUGUCAGGGUAGAGCUCUUAACACAGUAUGACUGGUGUCCCUAUUGAAAAAGGACAUGGUAGAGAAACAAAGGAUGCCUGUAUACAAAGAGGACUGGAUUAGAUCCUGCCAUUAAGGCAGAGGAAAGUAACCCUCCUGGAACCUUGAUCUUUGACUUGAGUCUCCAGAACUGUGAGCAAAUAAAUUUCUGUUG